UAUUUUGUGCCAUUUCGACAUCAUAAACGCUUGCACACAAAACAUGAAUUUCUGAGUAGUUCCAGCCGAAAAAAACUUUUCACAUUUUAAGGACAAAUUCUGAACACCCAAAUAGCCUCUCUUUAUUAUUUUUAUUGAACACAGCAGCAACAAUGCUAGAAGUAACAGAGGAGCAACUAAAGAGAUAAUAUUAUCCAGUUCAUCGGGACGUAUCCGUGCUGCAUCUUGCCCACCUGUGCAGCAGCAGACAUGCACAGUUCUAAGGAGAGUGCGUCUGGAACUGUGCUUCACAGGCUUAUGCAAGAACAUCUGCAUUAUGGAACAAGUGUAACUGGAGGAGGGGUAGAAAACGACAGUUCUCAGAUGCUAAGAAACCCCACAUCUACAGAGAACCAAAUUAUGCCCUUGCAGUUUCAAUCACGACAGGAACCUCAAGGCCAGGAGCAUCAAGUGGACAGCAGUUCCAUGGAAAAGACUUGUGGUGUGAGCCCAGGUACAGGUCAAGCAGUCCCAGCGCCCCAGACUUUGUCCGGAUUUGACACCUUAGAACUUCCGUCUUACGAGGAGGCUAAAAUUCAGUCUCAGCUGUAUAAAGGACAGCAAAGUCUGAUGGACCCUCAGUCCCAAAUCCCUGGCCACAACCAACAGACUGUUCAAAAUCCAGACAACCUUCAAAACAAUCUUCAACAAAAUCAGAACCAUGUCUUUCACAAGGAGGGCCAUAAACACCAUGCACACCAAAGUCAACUCCAACACAAUCAGCUUCAGCAGAUACUGUCUUCAACAAUGUCUGACAGUCCUGCAAGCUCACAUUCCCAUCUGCAAUCAUUUUCUAACACACACUCACUCUCUUCCCCGCCUUCUCUUUCGUCUUCUUCCACUUCUCUCUCAGCAGUUCUUGUGGAGGGCCAAGCAUGGGCCCAUCAAGGAACUGGUGGUACAUCUCUUGAUGAAGGUCUGACAGAGUUGAAACAGGGUCAUGUACGCUCACUCAGUGAAAGGAUCAUCCAACUCAGUCUAGAAUGCAAUGGUGCUAAGCAAAGUGUGGGACCUUCCAAUUCACCUUUCUCACGAGACACUUUUCCUUGUGGGUCUGAUGAUAAUAUAGCAGAUUCCCUCUCACCAACUAGUAAUACCUCCAUGACAAACCUACAACUUCCACCACCACCCUUACCACAAUGGAAUUUGGAUCAAAGAGGUCCUCCCCCAGAAUAUCCUUUUAAAUUUAAGGUACAGACUAUGCUUUCGCCCACAUUACACUCCAACUCAGAGUCUCUGGAACAGGGACACUUCAACAGUGAUACCUUGAGAGCAGCCAUGUUGGAGACAGUGCCACUUAGAAAUAUAGCAAGAGAGUGUCCUUUGUCUUCAUCACAACAACAAACACAGACCAGUCCCAUGGCUUCAGAGACUUGUAUCCUGCCCUCACAGGCUACUCAGCAACAAUAUCAGGCUAUAUGCCUGUCUCAGUCCCUGGGAUUUCCUCUAGCUCAGACUGGAUCUGAGAGCCAGGGACUGUCUUCUUGUGUGGCCCUUUUUGGACAGCCUUUCCCAGGGGAAACGUAUGCCAUGGUAAGCCAUGCCAAGCAGAUGCUGGAGAUCCUAAAAGAAGAGAACCAAAGCCUUAGACAAGAACUUCACAAGCAAAAGGAGAAGGCCAGCAAACUGCAAUGGUUGGAGGUGGAAGUUGUGCAACUGUCAGAAGCACAUGAGAGUUUAGUGAAGAGCACAUCCAAACGGGAUGCUUUGGAAAAAAACAUGAGGAAUAAACUAGAAGCAGAGAUCAGGCGUCUUCAUGAUUUUAACAGAGACUUGAGAGAGCGUUUGGAAACAGCCAAUCAUCAGCUAGCCAGUCAGGAGCUGGAGGGACAAGAUGACGGACACUUGUAUCUUUCACACAGAAGAGAAAGCCUGAAAGAUCUAGAAAAAUUAGAGAUGGAGGCAGCUGAUCUCCGUUCAGACAAUGAGGAUCAGCGACGACACAUUGGCAUCUUAGAGCAGGCUUUAAAUAACGCUCAGAGCAAAGUCGCCAAACUAGAAGAAGAGUUGAGUAAAAAGCAGAAGUAUGUGGAGCGGGUGGAGCGGUUGCAGCAGGCACUAGCGCAGCUCCAGGUGGCAUGUGAGAAACGCGAGCAGCUGGAACAACGUCUGCGUACGCGCCUGGAGAGAGAACUGGAGUCAUUGCGAACACAACAGCGCGCUGGUGCAGCCGUUCCCCUCUCUGUGCGUGAGUCCAGUGCUCCUUUGCUACUGGAUCUGCUAAGGGAGAGAGAGGAAAGGAUUCUGGGAUUGGAGGCUGAUAUGACAUGCUGGGAGCAGAAGUACUUUGAAGAGAGCGCAAUGAGACACUUCGCCAUGGAGGCCGCAGCUACAGCCUCAGCACAGAGAGACACGACUAUGAUCCAGCACUCCCGCAGUGGCAGUUACAGUGACAGCUCGCUGUGGUUGCAUGAAGACGACAGCAGAAGCCAGAGCAGUCGGCACUGUCAGGACGUGGAACAAAGAAUGAAGGACUUGCAUGCUCAGUUGCUGGAGAAAGACGCCAUGAUUCAAGUUCUACAACAGCGUUCCCGUAGAGAUCCGACUCCUCUGCGUCCUGCCCGCUCUGUGCCCUCCAUUUCCAUAGCAAGUGGACUACACACACGCCAGACAUCACAGGCCGACCACAGAGACCAGCACAGCUGGAAAGGCAGUACAAAUGUAUUCCGAGGAAAGGACCAAGUAGAGCACAUCCUUCCCCCUCUGCCAUCUCUUUCAGUCUCUUCAUCUCUGCCUGACUCCUCUCUUUCAUCUCUUCCUCCAUCAUUCUCCUCUCUACCUUCCUCUUUUCUUCCCUUCUUGGCCUCUGCAAGUUCAAACACAUCAUUAAUAACCUCAUCCUCCUGUGUUCCCCGCUCCUCUCUCCCUCCCUCUUCCUCUUCCACGUUACCCUUGUCCUCAUCUGUCUCUCUUCUGCCUCCUUUAUCAUUAUCUCUCCCCACCACUCCUCUCAUGUCCCCUCAUUCUAAAUCAGUCAGCAGAGACAGCAGCUGUCAAACAGGACCGAGUCCGAAGACCUUUAGCGCCGGAACCUCCACAAGGCAAGAGAAGAGAGAAUGUCCACCCAGACAGGCUAAAGGCCUAGAAGGUCGAGCAGCGCUGAGGAGAGGACAGAAGAUGCCCCUGCCUGACCAAGAUCCGCUGGAGAUCCUUAUAUGAAACAACAACCCUGCAAAUAUCAUUCCUACAGACAGGACAGCACUUCUGAGAGAGGCAAGAGGGAGUGAGGGAGACAGAAAAAGGAAGGGUGACAACAUAAAGAAAGAGAUGAUGUAAUAGAACACAAACAGACAGACAGAAAUGAGAUAUUUCCUGUCAAAGGAAGCACAAAGUAAAAGCUGGAAUUCAAUAUUGUGCCUCCAAAACACUUAGAAACUGAAUUCUAUUUUAUGUCCAUUUAUUGAGGAGAAGGGCAUUUGCCCCGGCCUGUUUACUUGCAUACUCAAUGUCUUAAGUUCUCGUCUGUCUUAGUUUAUCAGCUGCUGCAUAAGUUCCACAGAGCUAUAUAAUUCAGAGAAAUAUUUUGUGUGAUUUUUUUUUUUUGUAUGGAAUUGUUAUGUGUACAUCUAAAUGAUUGAAUGCUGUUGAUCUUUUUUUUGUUUUGUGGCAGAUUUGCAGAAAAUAAGCUUGUUAUUCCUUUUACAGCAAUAACUGCUGUUUUGCAUCAUGAUUCAUGUGUGUUUUAAUUGCCUGAAAAAAAAACUUUAUUUAAUUGUGUAAAACUGUUCUUUGGCUGGGAAUAUUUUAGACUGCUAACUUGCACUGCUACAAUGCUAAAUGGUGAAGUUGUCAAGGGUCAAUAACUACUGUAUGUUUUGCGUCCAAAGACAAUUGCAUGAUUGAUUAACUGUUUUCUCUAGAAGUCAUCUACCUUAGUUUUACCACUGUCUUACCAAUUUCUAAUUUAAUAAUUUGUUGUGGUUUUCAUUCUCCAAAUCCUUUAUCAUUUUAUUCUUUUAAUAGCUCUGGUAAUCAAAGCAAUACAAUAAAAUCACAGUGUUCUGUAUUACA